CGAGAGAGGGAGAGAAAAAACUGUGUAAAAAGAAAAUCUUAAAAAUUUUUCUUGUUUAUUUAUCUGGCUUCGGUUAGGUUACAUCAACAAGAAGGCGAAGAAAAGAACAAAAAAUGGGAUUCAUUAUGGAAUUCGCUGAGAAUUUGGUUCUGAAAUUGAUGGAAGAUCCAAAGGAAAGGGAUCGUAGAUUCAGGGAGCACGUCUAUAAGGUGAAAGAUCGAUGCGCGAAGACGAAGGAGAUGUGGAGUUACCCUAUGCGGCCAUAUGGGUUUUGGACAUUCGAGCGCCACAAUUCUCAGCUUGCUUGGGAUGCUCAGAUUAGCCAAGUUGCUGGUCGAAGAGACCCUUAUGAUGAUAUCCUUCGUCACUACCCCGCCUCGUCGAAAUAAGUGGUGCUGAACUUUGUCUCAAUUCGCAAGCUUUUUUGGUGAAAAGGAGUUUGUCAUAUUUCCUUUUUGAAUAUUCUGUCCUGUUGCAUGUUUGCACUGACUACACCGGGUUUGUAAUGCACUAAAUUGGUGUUUCAAAUAAAGUUUCCAUAGAACUAUUGUGUUA